AGGAUAGCCGUUUUCGAUCGCUGGUGGAUAUAAAGACUGGUAUCCGUUCUCAGGCAUAACAAAACUGUCCUAACACCGCACACAACACGAUGAUUAAAUUGUAAAACAAGUGCAGCUCCAAAUAUUUUCUUGAUCUCGUCGAGAAGAAAUAGCGUCGUGUUGUCAGGGAUACGUUUUCAUAAUUUCUUUCCAGAAUGCCAGUUUCUUUAAGAGCGAAAUGUCUCGUAGUCGGAGACUCGGCUGUUGGAAAGAGUGCAUUGACCCAGGUAUUUCACAGUGAUGGAGCCCAUUUUCCAAAAGGUUAUUCAAUGACUGUCGGAGUUGAACUGUGUGUCAAGAAUAUCAGCAUUCCAGACACGAGUGACACAGUGGAAUUGUACAUCUAUGAUACGGCAGGCAAAGAGAUGUUCUUUGAUUAUGCUCAGCAAGCAUGGGAGCAUCCAUCAGUGAUGAUGGUGGUGAUGGAUGUGACAAAUGAAACCAGCUUCACUGCAUGUAACCGCUGGGUGGAACGAGUCAAAGCUAAAGCUGGACAGCACAUCCCAGGUGUAUUUGUAGCCAACAAGAUUGACCUUGAAGGGCGGAGAGUCGUAGAGAGGAACAAGGCUGAAGAAUUUGCCAAAGGCAAAGGACUGGAAUACUUUGAAUGUUCUGCUAAGGAACAAGAAAACACUGAUGCACCAUUCUAUUACUUGGCCAAUGCUUUCUACAAGCUCUAUCAAGAGAGAGUAGAAGUCAUGAAGACUAUAGCAACGUGAUAGAUCAAUCAUCUUUAAGACAUUAUGAAUUCUUGUGGAUAUAUAUAUUACUUGUAAAUAUUGUAAACAAACUUUGUGUAGAGAAGCACUAUUUUUUCUUUAGUGAUAUUGUAACUCAAAAUUUUGUCUGUUUAUGUAUUCAUUAAGGUUUUUAAGUAAUUGUGAAGGCUGUCAAUUAAGAUACUAUUCUUUUAAAAAUGUUUCUUAGAUUCAGUCUGAUCUGAUUUCAAAAUCUGUACACAAGACUUGGGUACUGAACAUUUUAUGUGUGAUAAAUUGUAUCUAAAGGUCAAUGACAUAUAUUUAGCUAUAUUCUCCUAUAUCUUGUCUUUGAGUUUCUGUUAUUGCAUAUUGCUACUCUUCUCGUAAAAAGUCUGUGCAGCUAACACAAGCUUGAACCCCUUUAUAGAUAACACAUUCAGAGUUAUAGAUGCCACUGAUAUAAAAUACUUUCAUAGAAUGUGGCAUUUGUAGUGAUAUACAGUCUAGGAAACAUGUUAUCUUAUGCAAAGUGGCUGUGAAAUACAAUUGACACUGUUUUAUGAAAGUUGUCAACAUCAGCUUCAUGAAAUAAUGCCCUGACGGGAUUCUAUAAAAUACUUAAAUCUGACCUCAACGUCUUUGUACUGUAUUGGGACCCAUCAUUUUCUUGUCCAACCUCCCCCCCACCCUUUUUUUAAUGAUAUGUGAAAUACAAUUUCUCUUCUUUCUAAUUUGUAUGAAAAGAUGCUAUACUCUCUAGUUAUCAUAGCUUAAGCAGCUGUAUGAGGAAAAAUUAAGAAAAAUUAGGUCAAAGGAUAAUUAUUUUAUUGAAAAGAUUGUAAAAAUUGUGUCAAUUCCAUAAAUGAUGGCAGAAUGUACCCUCUAAAUAAAAAAAACAUGAAAAAGUCUUGCUUUAUUAAUAUUUCAUUACAAGUUGAACAGACAUAUUUUGUGAAUGAAAGUAUACAAUUAAUGUAAAUUAUUUACAAAUGCGUAAUUUCUACUAGUAACUUAAUUACUAAGGACUAUGCAGAAAUUGGUUCGAUGGUCCACUGUUCUAUUGAACAAAGUGUCAUUUUGAGGAAACCCUUGUCAUUUUUAAAGAUAAAGGAGCAUUUCAUCAACAUUUGUCAUCUAACAAGUUGUCAUAUUUAAUAUCUUUCCUUGAUUUUGAUUGGCUGUGAAGCACAGUUUCUAUGGUAACUCAGAUAAAACAGAACUUGUCUGAUAAAACGUCCGACAAGUUUGUUCAUGCAAUGCUCCCUUGUUUUGGUCAUAAUAUCGAAUCAUGAAAGAAUAUGCCUCAACUUUUUUUUAGUGGAAUAUGUUGAUUAAAGUGCACCAAAUAAUUAGUAUGUGUAUAAUGCUGUAGCAUUUGGGACUCAACAAGAUGAGAAAUUGAAUUGAGUAUCCUGAAAGUCACAUGCACUGCAAGCAGAAAUACAUUAAUGGACUGCACACAAAAGCGUUAGGCCCAAACAUUUCCCCGAGUUUAUUCAGGGUCAUAGCUCAAUAUGAUGACAUUUGAGAAGCGGUUCUUUGCAGUGGGCUUAGAACCUAAUGCCCGGUUGACACUUGCACGCAUUGUGGUGCCCGCAUUGAUGCGUGCCAGUGCGGGACACUUUAUGGCACGACUUUGCUAUAUCAGUUCACGCAAUGUCCCGACGUGCUUUCAGCAAAUAUUCUCGACACCACCCUAUUCUGUGACGUAUCUAGCGCAAAUUUAAAUAUUCACAUUUCUGGUGUUGACACCCUCUACGUUUGUUGAUUAGUACAACUCACACUGAUCACGUGGUCUGCACUCACAAUUUUGCGCAUAUCAUUCGUGAACUAUGCGUGAAGUAUGCUUGGCCUAUGCGCAAAGUAUGCGCGACCCUGUUGUGAACUGCGUGCCACUACCCUGGGGGGUGUGCCUACUAUUCUUGGCGCCACAAAAUUUAUAUUUCGAUGCCACGCAGUGGUACGACUAGGUUGCGCAUAGAUCACGAACAGUUCACAAAUUUGUAAUGCGUGCCAAAAUUUUCAACAUGUUGAAAAUUUUGGCACGCACCUAUCCGCAAGCUGGCACGCAUAGUUCGCACAUUGGCCCAAUGCGUGCAAGUGUCAACUGAGCUUAAAAGUUCAUAAUGAAUGAUGUAUAAACAGUGAUGUGCCUGUCAGGAUGAUUGUGGGCCAGGACAUUUUCACACAUAAUUAGUCCUUCACUCUGCUACAGGAUUGUGACAUCACCAACAUCAAUGUUGUCCAGCCUACAUGUGAAAAUUGUAUGGCAUGUAUAUUUAUGUAUAUACUGUAUAUCUUUAUGAAUAUUAGUGGAUGCUGUCAUUGUAUAAUAAAAAAAAGAUUAAUUUGUCAUACUCCAGACAAUUGAAGAGAAAAAGAAUGAGAUGAAACCAUUCAUUUCCUUUUAACUUUAUCAUACUAUUUAUUUACAAUUAUUUGUACAAGAUUAUUUCAAUAAAAACCUGCUGCAGGUUUAGUUUCAUCAUAACUUCAUUCAUAAUGAUACUAAAAGAGAUUAUCAGUAUGUUUAUUAUGCUCUGCACAUGAUAUAUUGUAUGUCACUCAUAAUAGUUAAUAAGGAAUUACAUGUAAUGUAAUGUAAUGAAUCUAAAAAAAAACAAUGACAUAAGAGAUAGAUUUUCUAUACAAGAAAAUCCAUUGUUUUUCAUUAUAUUCUUCAACCCUUUGAUUUCAGUGAAGUAGUCACGUUUGGGAACUACACUGUACUGUGGUAACAUUGCUCAAUAUCAAUUGAAAAUGAUAGCAAGGAAAGAAUCUGUCUUGAAAUGGUAACUUUUUUUCUGCUUAUCUGUUUGGCUACCGGAACUUAUGCCCAUCUCACAUUGCAGGAAAAUAUUGGCUAGAGAUAAUGACUCUUGAAUUAAAUGAGGAGUCUCAAAUGUAUAAAAUAAGAGUAAAACAAUACAUUCAAUAAAAUUCAGACUAUAACUUA